CCACCCAGCCGGCUUUAGCUUUAGCCGUCUCAUCCACCGCCGUCGACCGAACAUAUUCUCGUCGACGCUGUAGCGUGGAAGCCCAGGAGAUUCUUUGAGGCCGACUACGUGCCUUUAUACUUUCGCACCAAGUCUCCAUGAAUUUGCUUCAAAGCUUAAGCCGCGUUUGUCUUUGCCUUCACAACUAAGCCAUAAAAGCCCCCCCCCCCCCCCCCCCCCCCCCCCGGGGCCUUUCGCUUCGUGAAUGAUCAAUCCCGAACGGCGGAGCCAAUCGGACCCGCCCCCAGUUGCUGCGUGAAGAUGAGCUUGUCGUCGACGUCGUCCAUGGCUAUGCGAACCGCCGUUUCUAUCCUCGUCUGCCUCGCUGGUCUCAUCGUCGGCCAGUCAGCUCCCCGCGGCGGCGGCCGAGCCGACUUUCCAGAUGGGUUCGUCUUCGGCACCGCCUCCUCGGCUUUCCAGUUUGAAGGGGCUGUGAAGGAAGGAAACAGGGGACCUAGCAUUUGGGAUACCUUCUCCAGGCAGCCAGGUAGGAUAGUGGACUUCAGCAAUGCAGACACAGCGGUGGAUCACUACCAUAGAUUUAAGAGCGACAUAGACUUGAUGAAGGACCUGGGAAUGGAUGCUUACAGAUUUUCCAUAUCAUGGUCAAGAAUUUUCCCAAAUGGAACAGGAGAAGCAAACCCGGAAGGAAUGGACUACUACAACAGGCUCAUUGAUGCUUUACUCGAAAAGGCAGGAAUGCAGCCCUAUGUAACGUUGUACCACUGGGAUCUUCCACAGAAGCUUGAAGAUCAAUAUGAAGGGUGGCUAAGCAAUCAAAUAGUGAAGGACUUCGAGCGUUAUGCUUUUACUUGUUUUCAAGCUUUUGGCGAUAGAGUCAAGUAUUGGAUCACCAUCAAUGAGCCUCGAGGUUUGUCGAUCGAGGGCUAUGAUUUCGGCAUCCAAGCUCCGGGGAGGUGCUCCAUUUUAGGCCACCUUGUGUGCAAGAAAGGGAAGUCUUCCACAGAGCCCUACAUUGUAGCUCACAACAUCUUGCUUUCUCAUGCUGCUGCCUACUCCACUUACGAGCGCCAUUUCAAGGAAAGACAGGGAGGGCUGAUUGGGAUGGCACUGGAUGCAAAGUGGUAUGAGCCAUUCUCUGAUGGAGAUGAGGAUAAAGAUGCUGCAGACAGAGCAAUGGCCUUUGGGCUGGGAUGGUUCCUGGAUCCACUUUUCUUUGGCGAGUACCCUCUUUGGAUGAAGGAGCUGGUGGGGGGGAGGCUGCCGAAGAUCACUCGCGAGGUGUCGAGAUCACUAGCCGGGAGCCUGGACUUUGUGGGGAUAAAUCACUACACGACAUUGUAUGCGCGAAACGACAGAAGCAGGGCUAGGAAGUUCUUUCUGCGGGAUGCUUGGACUGAUUCUGCUGUCAUUACUACCUCUUCCAGGCAUGGAGUUGCAAUUGGAGAAAGAGCUGCUUCAUCCUGGCUACACAUUGUUCCAUGGGGCAUUCGAAAGCUGGCAGGAUAUCUCAAGGACAGAUAUGGGAAUCCAACGGUUAUAAUCACCGAAAAUGGUAUGGACGACCCCAAUAGACCAUACAUCUCUCUAGACAAGGCUCUGCAGGAUGAUAAGAGGAUAAGCUAUCACAGGGAGUACCUUUCGAACCUGUCUGCUGCUGUAAGGCAAGAUGGCUGUAAUGUGAAAGGCUAUUUCGUUUGGUCCUUGCUUGACAAUUGGGAAUGGAACUCCGGCUACACAGUCCGGUUUGGAUUGUACUAUGUGGAUUACAAGAACAAUCUUACUAGGAUUCCAAAAUCUUCUGUAUACUGGUUUAGGAAUAUGCUAAGAUCUGUCAAGACAGAACCAUGUUAAAUUUUCAAUGGUUUUUUCCAGUUCUAUAGUUGAUGGUGAGCUACAAGGUCAAUGGCUGCUAGUAUCCCACAAGACAUACAUAGAGAAUAAAAUUAAAAAUGUUAGGAUUUUAGGGAGAAAUUUUAAUUAAUCUUGAAAAUUAUUUCUUAUUCUUAAUAUUAUUUUUUUAUUUAGUGUAUAAUUCUAUUUUAUACUCAGUUGUUAAUUAAUGUUGCUAGGUAAGGAAAUUUUAGCAUUGACGAAUAAGGAAACUAGUCUAUAAAUAGGAUGUUUGUCUUGUUAUUUAAGGUAAGCAAAUUACUUGUGAGAGAUCAAU